AUGGUGCAGCGUCUAGAGAAACAUAUGGAAGUCUGCCAGAAGAUGCUAAACUCUAAAAGGAAGGUGUUUGAUUCUUCCAAAGCUAGGGCUAAAGGGACCGACCUGGAGCAAUAUCUACACACCAAAGGGAGAACGAAAGACCCACCUGUCAAAGGCAGUUUAUGGCGUCAGAAGCACGAAUCUUUCAUUCGCACAAUUCGUCAGGCUCGCAUGGUGCAGAACGUUGUAAGCAAAGGAGGGAAACCAUCCGACUUGCCUCCACCUCCGCCAGCGGAAAAUCCAGAUUAUGUGACCUGCCCUCACUGCAGUCGACGCUUCGCUCCACGCCCUGCUGAACGCCAUAUACCCAUGUGUGCAACAAUUAAGAACAGGCCCUGCCCUCCUCCAGCCCGUCGACGCUGA